AUGCCAUUCCUGCACGACCAUGCCACGAUGUCUCGACGGGCCGCUAAACGCCGCAUUGAACACCACGAGAGUGAUGUCCUAAUCGUUGGCGCGGGUAUUUUGGGUUGUGCGCUUGCCGUCACACUUGGAAGACAAGGACGAAGUGUGACGUUGUUGGAAAAAUCGCUGAAGGAGCCCGAUCGCAUUGUCGGUGAAUUGUUGCAGCCCGGUGGCGUGCGAGCACUGGAGCGGCUGGGCCUGCAAGACUGUCUGGACGAGAUCGACGCGAUCCAGGUCAAUGGAUACUACGUUUCAUACUUUGGAGACCCCGUCUCAAUUGAGUACCCAAAGGAAGACCCUUCUAUGCCCGCGCCCCUAGGACGGUCUUUCCACCAUGGCCGCUUCGUGAUGAAGCUGCGCCAGGCCGCUCACGACUGCCCCAAUGUGACUAUCGUCGAGACCCAGGCUACGGGCCUGGUGACUUCGUCGCACACACAGCAGGUUCUCGGUGUUGAGUGUAUGACAAAUGAUCUGAAGGACUGCUACUUUGCCCAACUCACCGUCAUCGCCGAUGGCUACGCCUCAAAAUUCCGCAAAAGCUACCACCCACACACGCCCAAAGCCAAAUCAAAGUUCUGGGGCCUGGAAAUGAUCGACGCGAAACUCCCCGCUCCGAACUACGGCCAUGUCCUCCUCAGCGAUAAGCCCCCAGUCCUCAUGUACCAGAUCGGCACCCACGAGACUCGCGUCCUUGUGGAUAUCCCCGAGAACCUUCCCUCUGCGUCGGUCAAGAAUGGCGGUGUAAAGGGCCACCUACGAAAUACCAUUCUCCCCACACUCCCGAAAGAGGUGCAGCCCAUGUUUGAGGCCGCAUUGGACAAGGGCCACCUACGAUCUAUGCCGAACUCCUUCUUGCCUGCUUCAACGAAUAAGACUCCCGGAUUAAUGUUCUUGGGAGAUGCGCUUAACAUGCGGCAUCCGUUGACGGGCGGUGGAAUGACAGUGGCACUCAACGAUGUGUGCUUUAUUCGUGAAUUGCUGAGCCCCGAGCGCGUGCCUGAUUUGGGCAAUACAGAACUGGUCCUGAAGCAGCUCUCGCGCUUCCACUGGAUGCGAAAGAAGUCAUCAACUGUCAUCAACAUCCUCGCACAGGCACUUUACGCUUUGUUCGCCGCUGAUGACUCGAACCUCCUCGCUCUUCAGCGCGGCUGCUUCCGCUACUUCCAGAUGGGCUACAUCAACGGUCCUGUCGGACUUCUCGCCGGCCUCAUCCAGCAACCCCUCGUCCUUUUCAGCCACUUCUUCUCUGUCGCAUUCGUCUCCAUCUGGGUCAUGCUCACCGAGAGUUCCUUGACUCAGUUGAUAUUAUUCCCCUUCCGAUCAAUUAUGGUCUUCUGGACAGCCUGCGUCGUGAUUUUCCCAUACAUUUUCGCCGAGAUCUGGAGUUGA